AUGCAGAUCUUUGUGAAGACGCUGACCGGGAAGACCAUCACGCUGGAGGUGGAGUCCUCGGACACCAUUGACAACGUCAAGGCCAAGAUCCAGGACAAGGAAGGUAUCCCGCCGGACCAGCAGCGUCUCAUCUUUGCGGGGAAGCAGCUCGAGGAUGGCCGCACUUUGGCCGACUACAACAUCCAGAAGGAGUCGACGCUUCACCUGGUGCUGCGCCUCCGUGGCGGCAGCAGAGGUCAAUACCCCAAGAACCUCGAGCCCAACCUCCGCAUCCUUGCUCAAAAGUACAAUGAGAAUAAACUAGUCUGCCGCAGGGCCACCAACUGCCGCAAGAAGAAGUGUGGACAUAGCAAUCAGAUAAGGGAAAAGAAGAGGUUUAUGUCCAAGUUUGGGAGCGAUUCUUGA